UUUCAUGGGUGGACUGAUUGAAGUUGGAGGAUCUGCAGAAUAUCUGAAUGAUACGAAGAAAUACAAGAAUCAGAGCAGAGUGACACUUCAGUACAACGCUACCACCACCUUCAAACACUUAUCAAUGAAUGACCCUGUAACCAUGGACAAAAAACCAAUAAAUACCAUUGAGAGGAGUUCAGCAACACAUGUAGUCACAGGCAUCCUUUAUGGGGCAGAUGCUUGCUUUGUGUUUGACAGUGAGAAGUUAGAUGAGAGCAGCGUUCAGGACAUCCAGGCUGGCAUGCAAGCUGUGAUAAAGAAAAUCCCCUCAUUGAAUAUUGACUGACCCCAGGCUUGAUGCGAUGGCUGGCUACUUGAAAUCACCUGAAUUAGGAAGCAUUGAAGACCACUGGUGCUACUCAGAUGAGGUUUUCACCAAAAUGAGGAAAAAAGCCAAAGAUAUCCAUCAUCUUGCCAAAGCACUGAAGAACAACAGUCGGUUCUGUUUCCUUGUAGCAGCCAUUGAAAAUAAGAAAUACACAGGAGCAACCAUCUUCCAUUACAGGGACGGCAUUCUGAUCAGUAAAGAUUUUUCAAAGCCCGAUCUUCCUCCUGUGGAGACUAUUACAGACAAAAAAGAUUUGAUCUGGUAUGCUUGUGAUGUCAACCUGGACCCACGCACUGCCAACAACUACCUAACUCUGUCUGAGGAAACGAAAAAGGCAACAAGUGGACCAUGGCAGACAUACCCUGAUCACCCAGACAGGUUUGACGUACAUACUCAGGUUCUGGGCGAAGAGAAGUUAAAGGGGCGCCAUUACUGGGAGGUAGAGUGCGGUAAUUUUUCUAAUGAGCCUGUUUAUAUCGGUGUUGCAUACAAGGGAAUUGACAGAAAAUCCGGCAGUUCAGCAAGUAGUCUUGGAAAUAAUAAAAUGUCUUGGUGUGUUGGCCAAAAUUUACAUGGUUUAGUUUGGCCAUAUCAUAAUGGUAGGUUGCAGGAAGUUUUUCUUCCUCCAUACUCCAACAGAGUUGGGUUGUUUCUGGACUGGCCUGCUGGCACUCUGUCCUACUACAGAGUCUGUUCUCACACACUGACUCACCUCUACACCUUUAAAGCUAGAUUCAAUGAGCCUGUUUACCCAGGCUUCUAUGCUUACCACAAAGGCAAUUAUAUGUACGUGUGUCCAAUUGAAUAA